CGCACGAAAAGAGAAACAGCCAAGUUAAUAAUUUGACAAACGCAGUUGUCAAAGCUUCUGUCAACCCGGUAGGGUAAUCUAAAUCUAAGCCUAUGUAAUACUAGGUUUGCAUUUCGCACAGGAACCUCUAUCAACACAUGGCUUCAACUGGUGGCCGAACGUGCAUAUUAGCUAACAAGUGUUAUCGCAGUCACAACCUGGAUGAAGAAGAAAUAUGUGAAUGACAUGAAAGAUAAAAAGAAUACUGAACCUACAAUUCAUAACUGGAAAGUUUCAGAAAAUAGACAUGACAAAGAGUAAUAUGAGCCAAAAGAUUCUGAUAUAGAGACGAUUUUGUUAAGGUUGCGAUCUGAUACAACUUUUAAGAAAGACUUGGAUGUCGUCAAAUAAAGAAGUAAUAAAUUCAAGAAAGCUAUCGUAUUCAGGCCAGACAGCCCAAGAAAAAGAAUCAUGUUUGUGGACAUUUCUAAAUAAAUGAAAAUUGGGUGAAAUCAGGAUUUUUAUCAAAGAUAGUGUCAAAGAAUGAUAGUGGUAAGCAGUUAGUUGAGCUCUUGAAUAGAUCAAGACAUGUCCACUUUAGAGACCAGCCACAAGCAUCACACACUGGCUAACUAUAACACACAAGAUCCAGCAAGUAACAUGCAUAACACAUCUAAAGAAAUAAAACACCAAAAUACUUCAUUCAGUUGUGACACUUUCUCAGAGGACUUUGAAAAAAACAACGAUAUGGAGUUUCAGGACAAGCAAGAGUCUGUAGAAAAUGGACACAAUAAUAACAAAUCUGAAUCUGGAGAUAUAAAUGAGGAAUUCGAUGAGGAGUCUGAGAGUCAGAUUGAUGUUGGAAUGGACACUGAAAUGAAACAUUCUGCACCUGAAAUAAACACUAAUAAAAAGACUGAAGACAUGAACUCUGAGUUAAGUCUGCAGGAAAGAGCAUUCAGACAUCAUUUGGAAAUGCGUCGCGAAUCACCAUUAUCUCCAGAGACUUCACGUCUCCUUCGUGAAAUCCUCCAAGGAAAAGAAAAACAUUUCCAAGAGAGAAUUGCCAAUGGAGAAAUCCCAUCUUCUGACAGUGCUCUAAUCUCAAAAUUCCUUCAGCAGGAAAAUCGUUUGUUACAAAAUGGCAAUGAUGUUGAAAAUGAUGAUGUGUCGCUACAAUCUGUGUCACCAGCAGAAACGUCAUCAGAUGAAAGUGACCAAGAAAACAGUCAACCAAAGCUAAUGACCAACUGCAGUGUUGAUUACAGCAAAGCCAAUGGCCAGUCAGGUAAUACAGAUCAAAUAGUUAGUCAUGACUCCAUCAAAAUUAAAGGGGAACGAGUUGAUAAUAUUAUAUCUAGUCUGAGUCGAAUUUCUCCUUCUCGGGCAUUAUCUGAUAUGGCAGGAAAUCAAGUAGAGGGGCGAAGCAGGAAGCGAAAAUCAUACAUUCCCCAGCAGCAUGAUGCCUCAGGUACUGAUUCCUCAGGUAACAAAUAUUGCAAAACUGAAAAAGACUUUUUACGUGUCCAGUUGAAAGACAUGCAAAAACAGCUUAAAACUAUGCAAAAGAAAUAUGUUGAUUUAUAUGAGAAUGCUAGUACUGACCAAUCAGAACUCUCAGAUUAUGACACUGAAAAAACAAAAUUAGACAAUUUUAGAAAUGGCGAAAGAAAGGUGUUAAACUCUAGUCCAUUCAUGAAUCAAGCAACAAAAAUUGUUAAAGAAACUGACAGAAAAAUUAACCUUGCUAUGCUCAGUGAAAAACCUGAUCUCCAAAAAUUUGCGCAUUUACUUAAAUCUGAAAUAGCAUCAUCAAUUGGCAGUGUUGUGGACAAUAUUGUGUCAAAGUUUGUUGAAAAACAACAGCAUGUUGAAGAAAUGAAGAAAAAAGUUCAAGAGGAAAAGGAAAAAGUCCAACAGGAGCAGAAGUCCCCCCUUCAAAGACCUGGCUUAUCUCCAGUUGGUCCAGUCGGCCCCCACUCUCAUCCAAUAUUCCAGCCCCAUAAGCUCCUCUCCCCCCAUCAGCCUCCUCACCUUAAUUUCAAAUCCUCAAAUGCCCAGAUGAGUGAUACCAUGACUCAUAAUGCAAUUAAAUCCAAAGUAGCGGAAAAAGUUCACAGUCGUGUCACCGAUAGUCAGCCUCAGUCUGAAAAUAACUUAAGCAUCAGAGUUCCAUCUUUUGAUCAUGCCAGAUUUGAAAGCCGUUUUCGCGAACGUGAAGGUCUCCCCCCUCAUCAUAUCCCACCACAUAGUCUACACAGUGCCUUCCCAGGGUUCCCAUAUUUCCCUUCAACACACCACCUCCCCCCUACACAGAUACCCAUGCUGCCCCCUCCUUACAAUAAGGACAUUGAGCAGACAGAACCAAUUUCUCUUGUGAUGAACACCCCAAAGAGGAAGCGAACAAAGGUAACAGACACCCGUCUCUCCCCAAGAGCUGCAAGACAGCUUCUCUCAGAACCCAAUGGGAAUGGCAGCAUUCGUGAUUUGAAUCGUGAGUUUGGCAUGAUGCAUAAAGAAAUGAAAGAAGAGCUACAAAAGAGAGAUGGUUUUUAUCCAUCCAUGGGACUGAACCUACCAACCAGCGUAGCCAUUCCUAACCCUGGCCUGAUGCACUCUGAUGUCCUGGCCAUGUACUCCCAGAGAGGACCUGGGUCUGCCUUCAGUGAGAGGCCCCCCUCCUCCCACCAUUCACCACCCACUGGAGAGAAUGGAUCACCACACAUUGCUCGGGUACCAUGUGAUCAGUCGCCAUUCCAAAUGCGGGAGAUGUCCAGUCUGAGCAGAGAAGACAACAACAGUAGCCCAUCUGAGGGGUCUUACUACGAUGGCUGUCAAACCAUAACAUUAACUCCUAUGCACCUGAGGAAGGCCAAACUGAUGUUCUUCUACUCGCGCUACCCCAGUUCAGCCAUCUUGAAGGUUUACUUCCCAGACGUGAAAUUCAACAAGAACAAUACUGCACAGCUUGUGAAAUGGUUCAGCAAUUUCCGAGAGUUCUACUACAUUCAGAUGGAGAAGUAUGCCAGACAGGCAUUGGCUGAGGGAGUGAAGAAUGCAGAGGAUCUCAUCGUCACCACAGACUCUGAACUCUAUCGCGUUCUCAACCUUCAUUACAAUAGGAACAACCAGAUCGAGGUCCCUGAUAAUUUCCGUUUGGUGAAUCAAGCAACUCUGCGUGAAUUCUUCAAAUCUAUCCAACAAGGGAAAGACAUGGAACAGUCUUGGAAGAAACAGAUUUACAAGAUUAUUGCACGUCUUGAUGAUACACUCCCAGAAUAUUUCAAAUCUCCCAACUGGAUGGACCAAUUGGCCGAUAUGUAAUGGUGUAAUUAAACAGUUGUUUGAAGUUUAUGGACAAUAAAUUGCCAAUAGUUGCUAUAGUAACUCAUUGUGAUUAUUUUUGCUAUGGUAACAAAAACAAGUACUGCAUAUUGCUUCCAAGUAAGAAAUGUAGAUUGUCUAGCAAUAUGGUGAUCUGUACAUUCUUUGAUGUAAUCAGUGGUUUAAACAAGACAUUGUAAGCCAGGAAAAACAAUGUAGUUUUUAUAAAAGUAGACAAUUAUGGUUGCUUAGUAAUGAUAUACAUUCCAAAUGUAUAUUGUAUAACCAUAGCAACAAGCAAAGUUGCCAUUAAGCUAAUUUCAUCUCCAUCGACCACAUUCCAGAUCAUGAAAAAAGCAAUUGAGAAAAUGGGCGUGUAUAAUUCAUCAGAUGGCUGCAUGACAUCAGGGUUAAGAUUAAUUAAGGGUGUAGACUAAAAUUGUCAAAGAGUAAAGGGUGUAUAAAGGCAACCAAGUGGUCUAACUAUUUGGGUUGAAAACUUGUAAUUUCAUGAGUGAGAGUCCAAUACUCUAGCAGUGUCAAUAUGGGUCCACUUGAAACAAACAGUUCCUCUUAAAGAUAAUAUAUAUUUUCAAUAUAUUCACUUCCCAUUCCAUUACUGUAAAUAUUGCUUAUAAACAGGUAUACCUGGUGCUUCUCUGACAUUCCAAUUCCAUUUGAAACAAUUAUGACUCUUAUUUCCAUUUACUUAUGAAAAUCUUAUUUUUUGCUGAAACCCCAAAAGUAACAUUUUGUAAAAUCUAAGUAAAAAGGGGCAAAUUUGAAGUGGACAAAAUCAUUUUGACCCUUCAUACCACAUGAUUCCUCAAGUAAAGUACCCAAAACGACAUAACUUUGAUCUUCAAAAUUUUCCAUGACAGUUAAAAGUAGACACUUAUAAGUAAAGAGGAGCUUAAAUUAUUCCAGUAUCACCUUAUUCAACUUGUUCAAAUUAUAUUUAACAUCACUUUUGAAGUGCUACUCUAUUAAAGAGUUUGAAUCAUCAAAUGUUUAAGCGGAUACAACAUCUAAUUAUUUGAUAACUCUGAGGUCAUCUUUCAAUUGAAUUAUUUUGAUAAUUUUUUAUAAAUUGGACUACACAACUUUUAAGAAACUUAAUUUCUUUCAUCUGUUUGAUUAUGAGAUUGGUCACAGGUACACACUACAAUCAUACUAUAUGAGAAAUUGUGUUGCAAGUUGUGUCAACUGUGUCAACUAUGUUGCUGUGUCAACUUAACUAAAAGCUAUCAACUUAUUUUUGCUCUAUGGCCCAUCAUGGUUAGGUUGAUUGAUACUCAAAUCUGAUACUCCAUGUAGUCUUUUAAGAAGUAUAUUAUUCUUAUAUUUAUACCUGGUUUUCUACUCAAUUCCAUGACUUAAAGUGUGAUGCAUGAUGUAACAUAUGUCACAAUGACAUGUAAAGAACAAACAGACAAACAAAGGUGAAAUGGGAUUCAUGGUAGGCCUAGUUAUCAUUGUGUAAGUUUGUAAGUUCACUUUACAUAUACAGUAUAUAUAUUCCUGCUAUAUAUGACUUAGUUUAUGUAUGUCAGAGUUAAUUAUUUAAAGUUUAACUUAUUUUGAAGUUUUUUCAUUAUUUGUAAAUAGACUAUGCUUCAUGUACAUUGCACAUAAGGCCCUACAUAUUAUGUAGAUUGUAAAAAAAUGUAAAAUGAGGGAAGAAAAAAAUGGUGGAGGGAUCAUUGUAAAGAAAAGUUUGAGUUGAAGCUAAAGUAAACUACAUAUGUAUAAACCUGUUUAAAUUAGAUUUGAGAGUGUGAAAUUUAGUCAUUAAAUGUUAACAGAAUGGUAAAAAUUAGUAUUGUGUAUGAAAAUCCAUCACAAGAAGUUGUCGUUUUCACUUUUAGUGAAAUUUAGACUUUUGGUGAUGAAAAUUUAUGUGAUUUUAGAUUAUUCUAAUUCGUAUUUUAUAUUAUUCCUGAUUAUUUAUAUUUUAUUGUUAUGUAAUUAAAUUGAUUCAGCAUAUACAGCUUACCAAAGAGCUUGGAUUUGAAGCUACUUUCUAAGUAUUUGCUUCUUUUGGAAUGUAUAGCUGAAAUUCUUUAAUUCCAUUUUGUUUGGGAUUGAAAAAGUUCAGAGAUACUUCGAGGUUUUGGGUAAUUUUUUAUUACACCCAGCACAUGUAUCUGUAUAUAUUUUAUAUAUAUUUAUGUAAUCUUACUGAGUGUUAAAAAGUGGCAAUGUUUCAUGAUGGUGCCAUUUGUUUACAUGCCGGGAGUAAGCAAUUUCUGUAUUUCCCUAAUUAUGAGAAAAUGUGCAAUUUUGGUUUAUGAAUAAACUCACAGGAUUUAGUUCAGAACAUAGAAUAUAACAUUCUUGUUUGGAAAAGAUUGAGAAAAUGUUUAUGACUGGUGAAUUGUCUUUUUCAAUAAAAGUCAUUCCAUUUUUCAUUUAACAUUCAUCUGGAAAAGCCUUCAUGAUAAUGUAAAUAAGUAUGCAAGAAUUAUAACGGAAAUAUGCAAUGUAAAAUAUGACAGUUAGAGAACAAGUUACUGUAGGAUGUAAUGUAGAUAGAAUCAAUGGUAGGCUAUUCAAAAUGUCAUUCACUCAUUUUGACUCUGUAGUCUAACUUAUUUAUUACUUAGGUUUUGUAGAUUAGUAGAUUUAGUAAAUUAGUAUCAGAUCAAGUUUUAGUAAUAUUUGUAAUAUUAGCCAUUUGCCUUGCAUAAUUGAUAAUGACAGGUAUCUUAUGCAGGUUUAGUGGUUAAAUCUUGCCUCUAUAAUGUGCCACCGAUUUCCAGUAUAUGGAGAAAAUUUAAUAACAUGUAUAUAUAACUGAUGGUAGAUUGGUUAUAAAUCAUGUAUGGUAAAACAUAAGUUGCCAAUCAUGGUAUGGUGAUAUGAAUGCAAUUGUAAUUUAUGCGAUUUACACAUUAUUUAUUUCAGACAAUGUUUAAAACACUUUGAAUCUGAUCAUACUAUUUUUUCAUUAUUUAUACUUUAACAAUCAAAUAUUCCAUAUCGUUAUAAGCUCAUUUUUUUCUCUGGUAUAUAUGUAUGUAGUGGAUGUACCAUGCACCAUAUUAUUAAUAUGUUACACUGGUAUAAAUCAGCCUGCAUGACUGUGGUUUUUGGCUCAUUAUAUAUAUGGUGUACAUGAUAAAUAAUCAAGAGAUGUAUAAAAAAUUAGUAUUGAUUAUUCUAGAAAAUGUGGUAAAAGCUAUGUAUGUAGACCAAGAUAUAUUUUAAGUGGUCAAAGCAAAUUGUGAUGUAAAAUUUCAAGUAAUUUUUGGUGUUAUAUAUUAUAUAGAAAUGAUAAAUAAAAUUAAAAAAA